UCAGAUCGGCUGUACUUCGCUACUUUACGAAAUAAACCGAAAAGUACCGUCAACACCCACUACUUCUGCACCGAUGAGGAACUGGUCUAUGAGAAUUUCUAUGGAGAUUUUGGGCCUCUAAAUUUGGCAAUGUUAUACAGAUACUGCUGUAAGCUAAAUAAGAAGUUAAAGUAUUUCAGUCUAUCCAGAAAGAAGAUAGUGUACUACACCAGCUUUGACCAGCGGAAACGAGCAAAUGCAGCAUUUUUAAUAGGUGCAUAUGCUGUAAUAUUCUUGAAGAAAACACCAGAAGAAGCUUACAGGACGCUUUUGUCUGGAUCUAAUCCACCAUAUCUUCCAUUUAGGGAUGCUUCAUUUGGGAACUGCACGUACAAUCUUACCAUCUUGGACUGUUUACAGGGAGUCAAUAAGGCCUUGCAGCAUGGAUUUUUUGACUUUAAGACAUUUGAUGUGGAUGAAUAUGAACACUAUGAGCGAGUGGAGAAUGGUGACUUCAACUGGAUUAUUCCAGGAAAAUUUUUGGCUUUUAGUGGACCACAUCCAAAAAGCAAACUUGAAAAUGGUUAUCCUCUUCAUGCACCUGAAGCCUAUUUUCCCUAUUUCAAGAAACAUAAUGUCACAUCAAUCAUAAGACUAAAUAAAAAAAUUUAUGAAGCAAAACGCUUUACUGAUGCUGGUUUUGAGCAUUAUGACCUGUUCUUCAUAGAUGGAAGCACACCAAGUGACAGCAUAGUUCAGAGGUUCCUGAACAUCUGUGAAAAUGCUGAUGGUGCCAUUGCUGUACACUGUAAAGCUGGCCUGGGGAGAACAGGAACGCUGAUUGCCUGUUACAUCAUGAAACACUACAAGUUCACACAUGCUGAGGCCAUUGCUUGGAUAAGAAUAUGUCGGCCAGGCUCUAUUAUAGGACCCCAGCAACACUUCUUGGAAGAGAAGCAAGCAAUGUUAUGGCUGGAGGGAGAUCUCAUCCGAUCAAAGCAGAAACAGCGAGUCGUUGAUGGAAACAUUAACAGAGUACUUCGUGGCUUGAAUGACAUUUCCAUCAGUGACAAUUUGAAUAAAGUACAAGACUUGGACCAAUACAGGGAGAAUGAUUUUGAAGACAAAGCAGAUGUGGAAACUCAGAAUGGCAUGACACAGGGAGAUAAGCUUAAUGCCUUAAAAAGUCGGAGACGGCCUUGUUCUGCUACGACUGGAGCACUGAGGCUGCAAGACGUGAAAUUGCACACCAGGUCAUUAUCACAACCCUUCAGACUGAAUACUUCAGGCAGCACAGAAGGAUCCAUGUCUCCUCUGAAGGCCUCCAAAGUGAUGGCAGUUAAUUCACCCUCUGCAGAAAGAAUAAGCAGACUUUCCACGUCCUCAGGCUCUAAUCUUAAAAGCGUUUCCAUAAACUCCAGACUAGCCAGUUCUCUAGGGAACCUGUAUGCUGCUUCAGAUGAUGAUGAGAGCAAAAUGACAUCCUUGUCCUCUAGGACAGGUUUUUCUGUAAGCCAUAUCUCCAGUCACCUGAAUGGCAGCUUGCAGCUGCCACACAGAAAUAACCAUGAACUGAACAACAACUUAUACAACAGAAACAGCAGUAGUGGCAACAACCUGAGCAGCCAAAGCAGUUUUCACAGCACCGUGACAGAUGAGUACGCAUCAACCUUCCUUUAUGGGCCUUACAGCUCCUCCAGCACCAUACCAGAGUCAAUUAAGUCCCUUCAGUCUGAGUAUGUUCAGUACUAA